AUGUCUGAUGGAAUGCCUCCAGAACUUUAUAAAAGGGUUAUAAUAAUUGGAGUUGAUGGAUGCGGUAAUUAUCCAUUGAAAGGUGAAUGUCCAAAUAUUAAAAAGUUUUUGUCCGAGUCGGCUCACUCAUACUUUGCAAAAGCUCAAUUACCAACAAUAAGUGCGCAGAAUUGGGGAUCGAUGCUACAUGGUGUUGAACCAAGUAAACAUGGUCUAACCAAUCCAAUUGUUGAACAAGGCACUCCAUAUCCUGAGGAUAGUUCGUUCCCAAGUAUUGUCAAAAUAUUGGAAUCUAAACGAACCACAAACGAAGAAUUCAAUGCUGCAAGUAUAGUUGACUGGUCACCUAUAAAUACUGGGAUAUUUGAAUUGUCAUUGAAAAUGUACAAAUAUUCAUAUCCCGAGGAUGAACAUGAAACAUGGUACAAAAAAUUUUGGAGAAAAUUGAGAGAGUUGGUUUUAAAGAAAAAAUUCACCGAAGAUGAUUAUGUAGCUUGGAAAAGUGUAGAUUUCAUUAAAAGUAAAAAAAAUAAAAAUACAAAUUUUUUAUUUAUUUAUUUUGCAACUGUGGAUAAUGUUGGUCAUGAAAAUGGUUAUGGUGGUGAGAAAUAUAUGCAAAAUUUGUCAUAUAUUGAUGGUUUGGUUGGAAAUGUAUUAACUGCAAUCAAGAAAGCUGGUUGGGAAGAUGACAGUUUGAUAAUUUUGACAACUGAUCAUGGUGGUAAAGAUUGGAAUCACGGUGGCGAUAGUAAAGAAGAAGUAGAAAUAAUUUGGGGUGCUAAAGGUAAAAAUAUUAAGCCUGGAAAAGAAUUACAUAACGUAACAAAUAUGGAUGUGGCUGCUGUUACUUUGACCGCAUUUGGUGUUGAAACACCUAAUCAUUUUGAUUCUAAAGUACCUUUUGGACUUUGGAUUGCUAAAAAUAAGGAAGCUGAAAAAGUUGAAGAUGAAGGAAUUUAUAUUUGA